UGGUUGUAAACAAUAACAGAUUGACCUCAUGUUGGCUGGAGGACAGCUAUCGACAGCUGAUCGAGAGAACCGAGACCAAAUACCACUGUUAACAGAACCGACACGGCCGGGGACAAAAGAACCAAUCCGAGAGUUGUUUCAUUCAAACACAGUAGCCGGAAGGGAAUAAAGCCAGAUAACUGGAUGAAUAAAUAUUUAAAGAAUGGCAUGUAUAAUGACAACCUUUUCAGUCAACAAUACUGCAACCACAAACCCGAGCAUAAACAUGAAUGCCAACGGUAAAUCUGAACUAAUGGCGGACUCGAAAUCUGUGUGCGUGUCUGUUGAUGAGGUGGUAUCGAACGGCGCUGGAAGCCACCAGACCCCUUUGCUUCAUGCACACCUGAAAAAGAUAGACAACAACCUGACAGAGGCCCAGCGCUUCUUUUACCUGCCCAGGCGGCCGGCUGUCAAUAUUGAGUUUAAGGACCUCUCCUACUCCGUUCCUGAGGGACCGUGGUGGAGGAAGAAAGGUUAUAAAACUUUGUUGAAAGGAAUCUCGGGGAACUUCAGCAGUGGACAGCUAGUGGCUAUUAUGGGUCCAUCAGGAGCUGGGAAGUCUACUCUCAUGAAUAUUCUUGCUGGGUACAGAGAGACUGGGAUGAAAGGAACAAUCCUGAUUAACGGACAGCCACGCGGCCUGCGCUCUUUCCGCAAGGUGUCAUGUUACAUCAUGCAAGACGACAUGCUCCUCCCCCACAUCUCCGUCCAGGAGGCCAUGAUGGUCUCCGCUAACUUGAAACUCCAAGAAAAGGAUGAAGGCCGCAGAGAGAUGGUAAAGGAGAUCUUAACAGCUUUGGGUCUGCUUGAAUGCGCCAAAACACGCACUGCCAACCUCUCGGGGGGGCAGAGGAAACGCCUCGCCAUCGCUCUUGAGCUGGUCAACAACCCGCCCGUCAUGUUUUUUGAUGAGCCGACCAGUGGUCUGGACAGCUCUUCGUGUUUCCAGGUUCUCUCUCUCCUGAAGGCGUUGGCUCAGGGAGGCCGCACCAUCAUCUGUACUAUACACCAGCCUAGCGCCAAACUCUUUGAGCUGUUUGACAAGCUCUAUGUCCUGAGCCAGGGCCAGUGCAUCUACCGGGGGGAGGUUUUCAAUCUAGUCCCUUAUCUCCGGGAGCUCGGCCUGAACUGCCCAACAUAUCACAACCCUGCUGACUUUGUGAUGGAGGUUGCCUCUGGAGAGUACGGAGAUCAGACCACUCGGCUGGUGAAGGCCAUGCAGGAGAGGAGGUGUGAGGAGGACUUCAAGACCGAGGUGAACAGAGAUGGGGCCCUGAACCCCUUCCUGUGGCACAGACCAUCAGAGGAGGACUCGUCCUCUGUGGAAGGAUGCCACAGCUUCUCUGCCAGCUGCCUGACUCAGUUCUGUAUCCUGUUCAAAAGGACCUUCCUCAGCAUCUUAAGGGACUCGGUCCUGACACACCUGCGCAUCGCCUCUCACAUUGGGAUCGGCAUCCUGAUUGGUCUGCUCUAUCUGGGCAUCGGCAAUGAGGCUAAGAAGGUGCUGAGUAACUCGGGCUUCCUCUUCUUCUCCAUGCUGUUCCUCAUGUUUGCUGCUCUCAUGCCCACAGUCCUGACAUUCCCUUUGGAGAUGGGUGUCUUUCUUAGAGAACAUUUGAACUACUGGUACAGUCUGAAGGCUUACUACUUGGCUAAAACCAUGGCUGACGUACCCUUCCAGAUAAUCUUCCCAGUGUCAUACUGCAGUAUAGUGUACUGGAUGACCUCCCAGCCUGCAGACGCCCUGCGCUUCCUGCUCUUCUCAGCACUGGGGACGAUGACCUCACUGGUAGCGCAGUCACUUGGUCUCCUGAUCGGGGCUGCAUCCACCUCUCUGCAGGUAGCGACAUUUGUUGGUCCAGUGACAGCCAUCCCAGUGCUGCUGUUCUCCGGAUUCUUUGUCAGUUUUGAUACCAUCCCCAAAUACCUCCAGUGGAUGUCUUAUAUUUCAUAUGUCAGGUACGGGUUUGAGGGCAUGAUCUUGUCCAUCUAUGGGCUGGACCGUGAGGAUCUGCACUGCGACGAAGACGACACGUGCCACUUUCAGAAGUCAAAAGCUAUUUUGAAAGAACUUGAUGUGGAAAACGCCAAACUAUACCUGGACUUCAUUGUGCUAGGGAUCUUCUUUGUCAGCCUUCGUCUCGUUGCUUAUUUUGUCCUGAGGUAUAAAAUCAAGGCUGAGCGAUAAAGCAAGGGGCUGGAAGAGGAGGAAGAAGAAAGAGAUUACUCGCUUGUUGUCUCACUGCAGCAAAGGGAAGAAAUCCCGUGAUUUAAUAGAGACACAAAGCCAGACAAAAAUGCACUGAACUUAUGUAUUUGUAAAGAGUGUCAGAAACAUCAUUUUCUAUCAAUAAAUAUAGAUAGAGAUGAUGAUGCGUCACACGCCGUACAGUGAAUAAGAAGAGAGAAGAGAGUAACUAUUGAAUGAGCUUCUUCAACUCUUACGUGCUAUAUCCAGCUCUCUGAGUGUAUAUUGAUUGAAGGGAAACCUUUAGAUUUUCACAGUCAACUUUUCCUUGGAAGAAACACAUUUAAAAAAAAAAUUCUGCUUAAUAUUAAACAUUCUAAAUGGAGCUUCAAAGCUGCUUAAUAUUUCCUGGGGAUAUUCUAAACCUGACAUAUCACCAAACUGCGAGUGGCAUCCCUGACUGGUAUCGAGGAUGUUUCUUCAUCCUGCUGUCAGUGAGCUUCAGGACAGUGCUGCCACCGCUGUGUCAUAAGCAGCCUGCAACACUGAUUCAUGUGAUAUUUGGUUUAUAAAUUGUGCACAAAUAUGUAUGGCAUGCUAAGAGUUAAAUAAGUACAAAAAAAUACAUACUCUCUCCCCUCAUGAAGGCAACUUUCUUUUCAGUUGGGCUCCGGUCAAGUCCAUUUAACUUGCCGUCAGAUUGAAGGUUGAAUCCCUGUGCAGUGGGUAUUGCAACCCCAGCCUGAGCUUUAAGCUUCCUUUGCUGAAGGUAGUGCUUGCUGGCAGGUGGGAUCCUGUACCUGCUGCACAGGGAGUGCAUGUGUGCUGUCAUGGCAGGAUCCCUGAAAAUCAUUUCUACACAAUCAAGGAUGAGGGAUUCGCUAGAAAGUUGUUAUAAGUCCUUGAUUAACCCUUUAAAUGUUUGAAACAGUCCUUUUGUAGACAGUAUUUCUCUUUCUCUACUCUUUAUUGUCACUUUGCUAAAAACAUUUGAAUGCUAAAAAGAAGAGCGGCCAGAUUUACAAAUAAGCACCAGCAGGGUGAACAUGAGCAAGAGCUGGUCUCUUUGCUUUUGAUCAGUAUUGUUCAGAUCUCUUUUUAAUACUUCAUAAAGACAAGAGUAUAAUAUGCAUUUCCUUUAUUUUUACUUACAAUAAGACGGGUUUCAAGAAAUACAGUGAAGAUUUUUGUAGGAACCCUUCGUUUCUUGGUUGGUUCUGCUGCACGUUUUCUUUUGCGUGAUGGUCUGAUGACUGGCAUGAUGGUUUGCUGUGCCAUGCGUCGGGACUUUUUACAUGGAGGAGUCCCUCCUGCUACUUUGCAUGAUGCACAGACAAAAGAGACUCAGGCUGUCGUCAAUGGAAGCUGUGUCUGGAUUUUAAACGCACCUCACAGCUGUCGUGUGUGUUGCACGCCCCUUUCUACCUUGUGAAUUCAAUUUAUUGUAUUAUCUUGCUUGAACCAUGAGCCAGGUGGUGCUAUAUAUAUAUAUAUAUAUAUAUAUAUUAUAGAAAGAUCUCAGCUUGUCUACUCAGGAGCUUAAACUGCUCAGUUAAUUGCAAAAUGUGGACCAGAGUUUGCAUUUAGUACCAGCAUGUCAAAUUAUUCUGUUCUCCCAUUUAGCCACGCAUCAUGGGGAAAAGACCAGCAAAAAAAUCACAUUUAAAUAGCUUAGUGGAUGAAAGAGCCACAAGCAGGCAUUCGAAAUGCUAACCGGCAGUUUGUGUUAGUUACUGGAAAAAAAAGUUUACACCAAUAAAUAAAGCAAAAGUCAAUGCAAACUUCUUAUUUCUUUCUAGACGAGAUUCAAUUGUGUGCUUAUUGUGAAUGAACAUAUUGUUCCUUUUGUGUCAUUAUUUGUUAUGGAUUCGAAUUGCUAAAGAAUGCGCUGUUUCAUUUCUAGAAAAUGUAACUUGUUGCUUCUUGACUUGCACCCUUGUAAAUGUUGUGUUUAUGGUUGCUGUUGGUCUCUUAUUUGAUAUUAAGAGCCAUUGUGAACCCAGUGAUGGAGCAUACCUGUUUCACUAGGAUGUGGGGCACUAUAAUUGCAAUUCCUUAUUUAUUAGAUUAUAAAAUAAACACACGUUCUUGCUUUGUACUUUAUAGUUGACUUAAGUAUUUUGUAGAGCAAGGUAAAAUGUGCUACUUUUUCAGUUUCUAGGCAAUGUUUUCUGUACACUAGAGAAAUAUAUCAAAGUAAAUAAAAUUGCAAUAUUUUCAA